AUGGAUCGUGAAUCGAUCGGUGGUCGAACACGAGGAAGCUCAGUUUGGUUGAAGAAUGAUGAUGACGAAAAUGACGAUGACGAUAUAAUGGAUUUGCUGGAUCAGAAUAUGAUGCUGAAGAAAAUCGCAACUAGCCGACCAGAUAAGGCGAAAAACAAAACAAAACCGGAUCGAGAACUUCAGGAUGGUGAGAUGGGCAGUGGUGGUUUCAGGCUAACAAAGGAUGGACGACUGAUCAUCGAGGAUUUGGAUGAAGCAAAUCAACGGAAAAGAAAGGUUUUUGACGGUGAACCACUUGAUAUUUCCGGAAAAAAAUCGAGAAUCGGUGAUUUUGAAAAUGGUGGCAACAAUGGAAAUGAUGAUGAUGACGAAGGUGAUGGAAGCGAUAGCGAUAUUGAGACAUUAGUGAGCAAAAAAAGUGGACGGAGUGAAAAAGGUAAACGCAGAGAAAAUUACACUGAUGCCUCAUCAAAAGCCCGGUUCUCAGCGAAGAAGAAGCAGGGUGCUUCGUCGUUGAAACAAAAAAGGGGCCCAGGUGAUGCGAGAAGAAAAGGUGAAAAGUACGAACCGUACACUUAUAUACCGCUGCGCAAGCGCAAAGGGCAAAACUUUCUCGAUCCGUUGAUUACAGUCGUGAUGACCAGUAGCUUAUCAUCUUAA